AUGUAUCUUUCUUCGUGGAUCGCCUUGUCUUUGCUCUUUGGGUGUGCCAUAGGACAAAUCAACAUUGAGACCUUGGUUCCAGAAACCUUGGUAACUUUAUCAGCAUCGGAUGAUACUCCAACCACAACUGCAAUCCCGACUCUUGCUUCCCUACUCAUCGAUACUUUUACAGCGUCCAACUCUCUAUCCACGACAGAGCCCCCCUUUCCGUCUUCUUUGACACAAACACUACGCAGUCUUAGUGAAAAUGAUUCACCAGCUACUUCAACCACUUCCAGCCCAAGCAAAAUUCAAACUUCAGCCCCGCCCUUGAGUACUCAAGCCUCCCCAAAAGAAACAGGAUUCAGCACACCAGACCAAUUCAAGAUUCAGAUUCUCAACGCCCAAAAUUGGUAUAGAGCUGCGCAUGGAGCACUGCGUCUUAUUUGGAAUGAUACACUUGCUGGUUCCAGUUCAAAAUGGGUCGCAGGAUGUGUAUGGGAUCUUGAGUCAACUCCUGGUAUAGGGAAAUCAUUUGUAUCUGUUAUACCUACCAGUGUCUUCGGAAUUGUCAACUACUUAGGAUUGGAACGACAAUUCUAUUAUUGAUCAGAACCAGAACCGACGAAUUCUACAAAACAAUUUACGCAGAUGGUGUGGAAAAGCACGACGUCUGUUGGGUGUGCUUGGAAUAAUUGUCCACCCGGAUCAUCACCAGACUCCGCCACACCUGGAGUUUCCCUAUUUCUCCUAUGUCAAUACUAUCCCAAAGGCAACCAGGGAACAACCACAGACUGGGAAAAUAACGUAGGAGGGCUAGAGUAUGGGAGUCUAGGGGAAGGUGUCGUUGCUGCUGAUGGGUUUGGGCUGAGUAUUUCAAGUACUACAAUUACUGCAAGCAGCGGAACAAGUGGAACCGAUGCAUCAAGUACAACUAGUAGUCUUUCCACAGCUGCUACCGGGAAAGACGUUGAGAGUCUGGCUAAGAAGCUGGAUCCUGAUCUGUUUAUGAUGACUAUCAGCUCGGCUAUUAUCAUUGGGUCAGUUGUCUGGUGUCCGUUUGCUUGA